CAAAUCUUUCUCUCUCUCUCUCUCUCUCUCUCUCUCUCUCCUGCUUGACUGCAUCUCCCACAUGAUCGUUCACACCAAUCCAUCGUUCAGUUUCUCAAUCUCAAGCUCUCAAUCUUACAAAAAUCUCAAGAAUUUCAAUCCCACAAAACCAUGAAACAGUUACACAAACAGUCGACCUCAAAUCACAAACGAGAAGAAGUAACAUCCUCAAACCAAUCACCUCCAUACUCACCCAAAGCUCUGAAACACCCCAAAUCUCUCUCUCGAUCCAUCACCUACCUCCUCAAAGAACAGAGACUACUCUUCAUCCUAGUGGGUAUCCUCAUUGGCUCCACAUUCUUCAUUCUCCAACCCAAUCUCUCCAAACUCAGCCCCUCCGAGCCUCAUUCUUCGAUACCCAGAUCGAUUUCAGUCUCAGAUCGCGAGUCCGUGUCGAAUCCCUAUGUGGGUUCCGAGAAUUAUGGUGUUGGGAAGGCUGUUGGGAGGAUUCCGGUGGGGAUUGGCCGGAGAAGAUUGAGAAUUGUGGUCACCGGCGGUGCCGGGUUCGUGGGUAGUCAUUUGGUUGAUAGAUUAAUUGCUAGAGGUGACGAUGUGAUUGUGAUAGAUAAUUUUUUUACUGGGAGGAAAGCGAAUGUGAUGCACCAUUUUGGGGACUCGAGGUUUGAGCUAAUUAGGCAUGAUGUGGUUGAACCUAUACUGUUGGAGGUGGAUCAGAUCUAUCAUUUGGCUUGCCCUGCUUCGCCGGUUCAUUACAAGUAUAAUCCUAUCAAGACUAUCAAGACAAAUGUGAUGGGUACCCUUAACAUGUUGGGCCUUGCAAAGCGAAUUGGGGCGAGGUUUUUGAUUACGAGUACUAGUGAAGUUUAUGGGGAUCCCCUUGAGCAUCCCCAGAAAGAGACAUAUUGGGGACAUGUAAAUCCAAUAGGUGUUCGGAGUUGCUAUGAUGAAGGCAAGCGAACUGCUGAAACUUUGACAAUGGAUUAUCAUCGAGGGGCAGGUGUUGAGGUGCGUAUUGCUCGUAUCUUCAAUACAUACGGGCCCCGUAUGUGUUUAGAUGACGGUCGUGUCGUGAGCAAUUUUGUUUCACAGGCCAUCCGUAAGCAACCAUUGACUGUAUACGGUGAUGGAAAACAAACACGAAGCUUCCAAUAUGUAUCUGACUUGGUUGAUGGACUGAUGGCAUUAAUGGAAGGCGAGCAUGUUGGGCCAUUUAAUUUGGGUAACCCAGGGGAAUUCACCAUGAUAGAGCUUGCCGAGGUUGUGAAAGAAACUAUUGAUUCCAGUGCGACAAUAGAAUUCAGACCAAACACCGCUGAUGAUCCACAUAAGAGGAAACCAGAUAUUAGCAAAGCAAAGGAGCUUUUGAACUGGGAGCCAAAGGUAUCGCUACGUGAGGGACUACCUCUUAUGGUGACCGAUUUUAGAAAUCGCAUUUUAAAUGAAGAUGAAGGAAAAGGAAACAAAUAGAAGCGACAAUCAGCAGAGCCCCCCACAUUCUGUUCUUUUGAGAGGCCAAUUAAUUUGAACUCCAUUUUUUGGCUACUGUUCGGUAAGGAUUUGAAGUAAUUUUCUUGAUUUUUCUUGUCUAACAACUAGUGAUGAAAUAUUUGUUUUGAUCAUUAAAUUAAUGAUUUAGAAGACUUGAGGGUACAUUGUAAACUCAGGGGUGAACCAUACAUAAGUUAGAAAACCUGUUAGAUCAAUAAAUAAAAAUCAAUCAUGUGAAAAUAGAUUGGUUUGCAAUGACAUGUUUGCUGAUUACAUUUACCAAAAUUUUCAUGUCUGAAUUUGGAUGUGUGUUGUUGUGGCUGGUUAAAUGAGUCCUGUGACAAAAUAUUCUAUUUUUUUAUUUUUAAAUUGAGCAAGAACUAUGAAAAAAGAUUCAACAAUGUGUAAAAUACUCGGGGGACAUACCACUAACAAAACUAGACAGAAAGUCACAACGAUACUAUACAUAGAGUAUAAUCCAUUCCAAAAUUCAAACAAAUUCGAAUCUGAUAAUAUGAAUCAAUGUAUUUAGAUACAUUUUCUCAGUCAUUUUAUUCCCUAGCUCUUUUAUCCUAUAAAUUUCUUCUGGGAUCGCUUUCGUUUUGAGACGAAAGUGUACCAUAUAUGUAAUUCGCUAUGGUUUAGCGUUUUUGGGUAGCAUUGAUGUGAACCCAGACAAAAUUUUCAACACACUUGAGUACAUUCCCAAAUUUCUUAUUUUCCAUCAAAUAUUACUAUUCAAAUAUUGAAUAAAUGCAAUAUAUUUACAUGUAGAAAUGCUUUGAAUGUGCUCUUCUUUUGAAAAGAUGCUUUCACGCUGCCUCUCCCACUCUGCAAAUCGGUGACUUAGGCUGCAACAACCCUAGUUCUUUGGAUAGAAGCUAUUGUAGGUUGCCAAAUACUCUGCUUUUCCCACUUGAAACAAAAGAAAGUUGUACUCUUUAUGCUUGGUUUUUUGUGAUGACUAGGUUGGUAUCAAAGUCAAUG